UACCAAUUUGUCACUUUACCAUUCACUCCCUCUCUCUUUCUCUCUCUCUCUCUCUCUCUCUCUCUCACUACCUGAAAUAAACACAUAUUCUGCAAUUAGGGUUUUGCUAAAUUGAAAUGUGCAAGUAAUGGAAAACAGUGAAGAAUCAAGUUGUGUUACUAGCAGCUGCGAUAAAAGCCCUAAUUUAGGGAUUGAAUCGCCUGCUGCUUACUCUUGCAAUGCUGCUGUUACACAAUCUGAUGAGAAAGUAGAAAUCCAUGAACAGCUAAAGAAUCAGCUCAAUUUGAAAAAAAUUGAAGAGAAAAAACUUGAAGAAGUAGAUAAAGAGGAUGACUUUGAUGAUGAGGGGGAGAAAGAUUCAAUUGGAUGGCAUCAAGAUGAUGGCUUUAACAGUGGAGAAAGUAAUGGCGGCGAAGAAGAACAAGAAUAUAAUAUUAAUAACAAUGAUUAUGAUAAGGUAGGUAAUGAUGAUGAUGAUGAUGAUGAUGUGGAGAAGAAAGACGAGAGAAGUAAUAAUGGGGUUAAUAGAAGGCAUAAUCAAUAUCAGUAUCCAGUGAGGCCUGAAGCUGAAGAUUGUUCUUACUAUAUGAAAACUGGUACUUGCAAAUUUGGAUCUAAUUGCAAGUUUAAUCAUCCUGUCAAAAGAAAAAUGCAGGUUUCCAAGGAGAAGGUGAAGGAAAGGGAAGAAGCAACAGACAGGCCAGGCCAGACAGAAUGCAAGUACUACUUAAGGACAGGGGGGUGUAAAUAUGGAAAAGCUUGUAGAUACAAUCACUCAAGAGCAAAACCUCUGCUGCUCCAAGCAAAAACAGCAGUGUUCCCUGCUUUAGACCUUAACUUUCUGGGUUUGCCAAUCCGCCCGGGGGAGAGAGAGUGCCCGUAUUAUAUGCGUAAUGGCUCCUGCAAGUAUGGAGCUAACUGCCGGUUUAAUCAUCCAGAUCCCACCACUGUGGGAGGGAGUGACCCUCUGGCAUUCAGUAAUGGUGGAUCUGCUUCUUUACAGAAUUCGUUACAGUCAAAUAUAGCAUCUUGGUCUUCACCAGGAGGACUAAAUGAGACUCCUUCCUUUAUGUCAAUUAUGUUUUCACCAACUCAAGGGGUUCCUUCGCAAAAUCCAGAAUGGAAUGGAUAUCAAGCUCCUAUGUAUCCACCAGAGAGGAGUAUGCAUCAACCUCCAGCAUAUGUUAUUAGCAAUCCAGCUACUGAUACCAAUGUCUAUGCACACCAGCAGCAGAUACAAGUUGAGGAAUUCCCAGAACGACCUGGUCAACCAGAAUGCAGUUAUUUUAUGAAAACUGGGGACUGCAAAUUCAAAUCUAACUGCAAAUAUCAUCACCCAAAGAAUCACAUCUCAAAGUCACCUCCAUGUGUUCUUAGUGACAAGGGCCUGCCACUGAGACCUGGUCAGAACAUUUGCUCGUACUACAGCCGCUAUGGUAUUUGCAAGUUUGGGCCUGCUUGCAAAUUCGACCAUCCAAUACAACCAGUUUCAUCAACAACAGGUUCUGCUGAUGAUGUGCGUAUGCCUUUCAGCGACUCUGGCACUAAAGAAGAGGCUAAAAUGGCUUUAAGUGGAAAUGCAAGCGAUAUUGCAAUUCAGCAGUCAGUGUAGGAACUUUUGCAUCAAUUCUCUUAGCUAGCUUUCUUUUAGGAUCCAAGUAUACAGGAUUUUAAAAGUUUUCUCUCAGCGAAACGUGGAUCUUUUAUUUAACUUUCACUCUCGGCCAACAAGCUUUUCAAAGGGUGGCAUUAUAUACUUCUAUGUGUUGUGUUAUUACAAAACCAAAAGUGGAAUUGGAUAUGUAAAUUGUCUUGUUUUUAUGUUAUUUACAAUACAAGAAAUCAGGAGCUGAUGGCAAA